AUGGGUAGCAAAGGAGAUAAAACAUGUAGCAAGACUCAGGUCUUUGAGAAUGACAUGAAAACUUGUAACCGUACCUGUAGAUCACUAUCAAAUUAUGAUUAUACCUGCGAAGUUAAGGAUGUUCCUGUUUUUGGUUGUGGUUGUCCUGAGGGAACGUACAUGGACAAAGAUGGUGCUUGCGUUGAUAAAUCAUCCUGCCAUUGCUAUAUUGGUAGAGAAAUUAUCAAAACAGGACAGGAUCGAACGUUGAAUGGAAAAACCUGCAAAUGUGAAAAUGGACAGCUUUACUGUUUAACAGUCCCUACAACCACCAGGCCAGGAUGUCCAAAUAAGAAAGUAUAUCUCGACUGCCGGAAUUCUGACAAUUUGUGUGCAAAAACAUGCAGAAACAUGAAUGAGUCUUGUAAUAAAAUAAGUGGUCUGUGUGGAAAUUACAAUGGUGACAUUGCAGAUGAUCUUACAACCAAAGGGAACUCUUUGGUCACCGACAUCUUGGAAUUUGGAAACAGCUGGACAUUAUCAUCUUCAUAUUCACAUGUAGUUAAUCAAACAUCUGCUUGCGAUGCAAACCCAUACUGUCUAUCAUGGGCUCAGAGGAAGUGCAGCAUAAUUAAACAUAACGUGUUUAAAGCUUGCCAUAAAAAGGUUGAACCAAUCCCAUACUAUGAAACAUGCGUCCAAGGAGCUUGCGCCUGUGAUUUAGAAGGGAAAUACAUGGGUUUCUGUACCUCUGUAGCUGUGUAUGCAGAAGCUUGCAAUAAAGCUGAAGUUUGUAUUGAUUGGAGAACCCCAGACUUGUGCCCUGUAUAUUGUGACUAUUAUAACAAUCCUGAAGAAUGCAGCUGGCACUAUCACCCUUGUGGAACAUUAACAACAAGAACAUGCUCGGAUCAUUACAUUGGGAAAAAGUUCUCUGCAAUACUUGAAGGUUAAAUCCAUACCUAUAUAUAGGAAUGAACUGCACAUACUGGUUAAAUCGAAGGUAGACACAAAAUGCUGGAGUAACUCAACGGAACGGGUAGUAUCUCUGGAGAGAAGGAAUGGUUGACGUUUCGGGUUACUCCAGCAUUUUGUGUCGACCUACGUAUUAUAUAUUUAGUUCAAAAUCAAUAGAAAUGAAAAAAAAAUAUGACAGUACUAUAUUAUGGCACAAUUUGAUGCCUUGAUAGAAAAGUAAAAAUAGUUUACAUCUGAUGUACAAUUAAUGAUCACCUUUAAACCCAGAAUGUGAUGCUAGAGACAAAGCUGAAGCUUUUACAAUCACAUUCAUUCAAAAGUGAUGAAUCAAUGAUACAGCUUGUAUUCCUUCUGGGAUCAAAAUUAUUACUUAAGAUAGUCUUCAGUUAAUUCACAUUGCAUGAGAUUUAAAAGAUAUGAGCAAUGCAAAAGCCAAGGCAACAACCUGACUUAGUACUGAAACCCUACAAUCCAGACUAGCUUCUGCAUAGUUUGUUUCCAUUACAUGAAAAAUGGCUCAGAUGUUACAAAACACCUGGACAAUGCAAUCCACAAUGCAUUCUCAAUUAGCAGGAAAGCAUUUUCUCGCCAGGAACAUGUUCACCUAGUUUAGAGACACAAGAAUCUGCAGAUGCUGGAGUCUUGACCCAAAAAACAAAUGUGCUCGAUGAACUGAGUGGAUCAUGCAGCAUCUGUGGAGAGAAAUGGUCAGACGAUGAGGGUCGGGACCCUUCUACAAACUGAUGGUGUGGAGAGGGAAAAGCUAGUAAAUAACUGCAGGGGUUAGGCAAUAUCUGGCAAGUGAUAGGUGGAUACAGGUGAGGAGGGGUAAUUGGCGGAUGGGUGAUUUGGUGUAUCUCUACUUUCUGAUGAUGGUGAUUUACUGCUCCCUUCUCAAGAGCAUUUGUGAAUAGGAAAUACUAAGCCCAGUUCAAAACCCACAUACACAAUAAAGAAAUAAAGAAGUAGAUUUUGCAAGGAUAUGCUUGUAGUUACACAUUGAACUGUUAGCAAUUAUCCACGUAAUUGUCAUGAGGUUAUGGAUUUUUAUGCAGUUUUAUGCCUGACAUAUAUAAUGGUCCAAAAAUGCUAGUUACUCUUAAAGUCCUUCGGCCCUACUUGCCCACACCGGCCAACAUGUCCCAGCAACACUAGUCCCAGCUGCCAGCAUUUGGUCUAAACCUGUCCUAUACAUAUGUGUACCUGUCUGUUUCUUAAAUGUUGGGAUAGUUCCUUCUUCAACUACCUCUUCUGACAGCUUGUUCCAUACAUGCACCACCCUUUGUGUGAAAAAUUUACCCCUCAGAUUCUUAUUAAAUCUUUUCCUCUUCAUCUUAAACCCAUGUCCUCUCGUUCUCGAUUCACCUGGGCAAGCGAAUCUGUGCAUCUAGCUGAUCUAUUCCUCCCAUGAUCUUAAACACCUCUAUAAAAUCAUCCCCCAUCCUCCUGCACUCCAAGGAAUAGAGUCGCAGCCUACUCAACCGCUGCUUAUAGCUCCGACCUUCUAGUCCUGGCAGCAUCUUUGUAAAUCUUUUCUUUACCCUUUCCAGCUUGACAACAUCUUUCCUAUAACACGAUGCCCAGAAAUGAACACAAUAUUCUAAAUGGGACUUCAGCAACAUCAUAUACAACUGCAACAUGACCUCCCAACUU